GUAUUUCGUGUCUGCCAAACUAAAAAGUAUCUAUGUUUUGAUAUUGUGCAAUUUAGGGUUAUUGUCGAACAAAAUCCCGUGAUGCUAGAAUGCUCAGCCACAAUAGAUUAAUAGUUAACAAUAAUAAAUCCAAACCUCACUUUGACGUUAGUUGGUCGGCUUCUCUGUCUCUGCUCGAGCUGGACAGAGUAUGGAGAUGCGGCUCGGAUCCAUUUGAAGCCUCUCGUGCUUUGGAACAGGAUAUUAUCAGUCCAACCUUAUACAGUGGAGGUAAGCUUAUCUAGAAGAAUGAAGAAAAAUGCCAUAGGCUCUGAGGGUCCCAAUGUAGUGAAAGUAAUAAGUUAAGCUGAAGGAAAUGGAGCCUUACAGAAUCAUUAUGUGGUUUUCUCUACUGCUGUUCCUUGUUGUAAAUUGCGCUGUUUCUGAAUUAGAGGUCAACACAACGAAUUCAAAUAACGGAUCUGAUCAGAAAACUUUCCUGCUCUCGAGUGAUAAAAAUGGUUCUGUUGUGAAUGGAGUACAUCCACUUCUGAAUUCUUCCAAAAUUGACCAUGAAAAGAAGGGCGAAAGUCAGAUUGGAGGUGGAACACAAGAGGAAUUGGAAAAGAAUACAAGGCAGAGCAAUUCAAGUAACCAAUUGGGUUUGAAAGAAGGUCCUAAAAUAGCAUCGCAUAAAAAUGAUUCGGCUAUUCAGUCACAGGUGAAGGAGGGGCACACAAAAGAGAAGCCAACUGAAGGAUCUGAUUCUAAAUUGGUGCAUGAAGAGGGAAACAAGAAUGGGGUUACAGUCCCCUUGGAACCUUCGAGAAGGGAGAGUUCUUGGGGGGAAGAAUGCGAUUCAUCCAACAGGUGCAUGGAUGAGAAAAGCAAAUUGGUUGCUUGUUUAAGAGUUCCUGGGAAUGAAUCUCCAGAUCUUUCACUUCUGAUUCAGAAUAAAGGGACAAGCCUCAUUACUAUCAAUAUAACAGCUCCUGAUUUUGUCCACCUAGAAGAAACUAAAGUUGAACUUCGUGAGAAAGAAGACAAAAAGGUAAAAGUACCGAUUGGAAAAGUUGGUAAAGACACCACAAUUGUUUUGACAACUGGAACUGGUUCUUGCAGCCUUGAUUUCAGGGAUCUAGUCUUGCACAAUGCUGUCGAGAGAAUUGAUUACUCCCCCAAGUCUACAUAUGCUAUUUUUCUGAUACAGGUCCCCUCCAUUGUAUACAUGACCGCUGCUGUACUGCUACUAAUGGCAUCAUCCUGGAUUUGUGCCAAAUUCUAUAGGAGAUUGAUCCCUACCAACAGCUCUAGAUACCAAAAGUUGGAGACAGAAUUGCCAGUUUCAGGUGGGGGAAAGAUGGAAUCAGAUGUAACUGAUGGAUGGGAUAACAGUUGGGAUGAUGAUUGGGAUGAUGAAGAGGCACCAAGGACGCCUUCAAAACCUGUUACACCGAGCCUUUCCUCCAAGGGCCUUGCCACAAGACGAGUAAGUAAGGAAGGGUGGAAGGAUUAGGUGUGUUUCGGACGGAGAUUGGAGACAUGGAAAGAAAUGCAUUUGUGAGAAAAAAAAGGUGUGUAAGUUUUUCUCUCUCAUACACGUUAAUUAAAGGACAAAUUAGAUUGUUACCUAUACGCCUAAAAAAUUAUCAGUCAGGAAUACUUUUUUGAAUGCUGAAAGGAAAAUUAAAAUUAUUCGAGUGUUACUUCUCUUCCAUGAGCAAUUGUUCAAAAAAGUGUCCUCUGUCAAGAUCGUUCAACCUACCAGAUGUGUUAAGAUUUGUAUUUUGUGGGCUAAAUACUUAACAAAAUCCCAAGUGACUAGGGAUUAAAUAGCAUGAUUUCUUUCUACUACUGGGUGCUGUAGUAAGACUGUAAGAGUGUUAUUCUUAAUUUCUUAUGACAUAAGCAGUGCUCUUGCUCAGGGCAACUGGGCAACGUUAUUUUCAAAAUUUUCUUCAUAUGCUGAGUAAUUCUUAUUCCUAGUGACAGUGUUGUCUGAUUCG